AUGAGCAUGGAAGACUACAUGGCAUAUGAAAAGAUGCGCAAAAACUAUGAAGCAAAGAAAUCCACGUCGAAAAAGUCCACGUCGAAAAGGAGGCAAAAGUCGUAUGAGGAUUACAUAUUUUUGGAAAAGGGGAGCAAUGGGUCUUUUUCCGGUGUAUCGGUAGUGUCUCAGAAUGAAUCGUUUGUUUCGAGGAAGCCUCGUUUCAUGUCGAAGACAGCCAUGCGUUUCAGGAAUCUUUUUUCGUAUAUUAUGAUUGCUUUUAGCAGUAUUGUUCACGCAUUGUCAUUGAUUUCAAGGAUUAUGCUUAAAAUUAAAGUUAUACGGGUUUUAAAAGAGAUAUUUAUCGGUAAAUCAGAGACAUAUGAGGAUUUUGUAAACCUUUACGGUGAUUCGUAUAAAACCCGUAUCUCUGUUUUUGGCGUAAAUAGGACGCCCAAGCAUCGUGUGAAGGGGAUAAUACCACUGAUUCUUCAUGUUUUCAGGGAUCCUAUACUUAUUUUGUUAAUAUGUGCCACGAUUAUAUCCUUCGCUAUCGAUAUAUAUCACAGACUUCAGAGUGUUUAUGGUAAUUCUUCCGGGGAUUCUGAGCAUUCAAGUAUAGAUGGUAUUGUUAUUUUAGUUGCCAUUGUCGUUGUUUCACUUGUUAGCGCCCUUAAUGACUAUCAGAAGGAAAGACAAUUUGAAAAAUUAAAUGCAAAGAAAGAAGAUUUCGAAGUCAAGGUUGUCAGAUCCGGAAAACCUACUAAUAUUUCCGUUUACCAGCUUCAAGUUGGCGAUAUAUUGCUUUUCGAGCUCGGUGAUCUUCUUUCCGCUGAUGGAAUUUUAAUCGAUGGUUAUAAUGUAUCUUGUGACGAAUCAAGCGCUACUGGAGAAUCAAAUACAAUCGAAAAAGUACCAUGUUCUUUGUCUUUAUCUAGCACAUCGUCCAAACUGAUAUUCGAUGAACGAUAUGACCCUUUUAUGAUAAGUGGAAGUAAAAUAGUUGAAGGCACUGGAAAAUGUAUUGUUACGUCUGUCGGAAUACAUUCUUAUUACGAAAAAAUUAUGACUUCUAUUCAAACAGAAUCAGAUGAUACUCCGUUGCAAAUAAAAUUGAGUAAAUUUGCCCUUGGCAUUGCAAAAUUCGGAAUAUUUGCCAGUCUUUUAUUAUUUAAUAUCCUUUUUUGUCGCUUUUUAAUAAAUUACCCUGAAAACAAAGGAACACCUUAUGAAAAAACGAUGAGUUUUAUGAGAAUAUUGAUUAGUUCUAUAACGAUAGUUGUUGUUGCUCUUCCUGAAGGACUUCCUCUUGCUAUUACUCUUGCUUUAGCGUUUGCUACGAGAAAAAUGUCUAAAGAAAAUAAUUUAGUACGCCAUUUAAAAUCAUGUGAAACUAUGGGAAACGUAACUACUAUAUGUUCGGAUAAAACCGGUACUUUGACUCAGAAUAAAAUGACAUUAGUUAUUGGGGCAUUAGGCCUUUUAUUUCAAUUUCAAGAUUAUUCUAAUUUGGAAAUUGAUGAAAAAAAUUCCCUAAGUAAUGCAGAUUUGUUAGAUAUUUCCACUCUUUCGAAAUCAUUAAAUCCUUUUGUAAAACAACUUAUUAUUCAAAGCAUAGCAAUUAAUUCUUCUGCAUUUUUAAGUAUAGAUAAACAAGGUCAAAGUAUUUUUGUAGGAUCCAAAACAGAUUGUGCUUUAUUAGAAUUUGCUCAAAAAUAUCUCAAUAUGGAUAAUCUUAGUACUGAGAGAGCAAACGCAAAUGUGUUACACUUUAUACCAUUUAGUUCUUCAAGAAAAUAUAUGGCGUCAAUUAUUUCUUUGCCUAAUGGAGGUGCUAGAUUGUAUAUUAAAGGCGCCAGUGAAGCAUUAUUAGAGUAUUCUUCGUAUAUAAUUCAUGAUCCUUUUUCAAAGGAAUUAGACCGUCUUUGUGUAUUACCGUUAAAACAAGAAGAUAAAGAUUCAAUAUAUAAAAUAAUUUCCAACUAUGCAUCUAUGUCUUUAAGAACUAUUGCACUUCUUUAUAAGGACUUUGAUGUUUGGCCUAUUAGCGGCUCUCAAGUUUCAUUAGAUAAUUCGGAUGUUAGUUUCAAUACUGUAUUUUCUCAAAUGGUUUUUAUCGGGGUAGUCGGUAUUAUGGAUCCAUUAAGGGAAGGUGUAAAGGAAGCUAUUAAGAAAUGUAGAGAUGCUGGAAUAACCGUUAGAAUGGUAACGGGUGACAAUAAAAUUACGGCAGGAGCUAUUGCCAAAUCUUGUGGUAUACAUACACCUGGGGGCAUUCUUAUGGAAGGAAUUGACUUUAGAAAUUUAAGUUCUGAAGAUAUGAAUAUAAUAGCUCCCAGACUCCAAGUUUUAGCGAGAUCUAGUCCGGAAGACAAAAAGAUUCUUGUUUCUAAACUUAAAGAGUUGGGCGAAGUUGUCGCUGUAACGGGUGAUGGUACAAAUGACGGGCCAGCGUUAAAGAAAGCGGAUGUUGGAUUUUCCAUGGGAAUAUCUGGUACAGAUGUAGCUAAAGAAGCUUCUGAUAUAAUUUUAAUGGAUGAUAAUUUUGCUUCUAUAGUUAAAGCGUGUGCAUGGGGACGGGCAAUAAACCUUGCUAUUAGGAAAUUUUUACAAUUUCAAAUGACGGUUAAUCUUACCGCUGUAUUACUUACUUUUAUAACAGCAGUAGUCAGCCCAAAACUAAAGUCUGUUCUUAAUCCAAUACAACUUCUUUGGAUCAACUUAAUAAUGGACGCAUUUGCAGCAUUAGCUUUAGCAACAGAUCCCCCUAGUACAACUAUUUUAAAUUCUAAGCCAGAACCUAAAGCGUUACCUUUAAUUACUUUUCCAAUGUGGAAGAUGAUUAUCGGGCAUUCUAUUUACCAACUUUUAAUUACUUUAGUAUUAUAUUUUUGGGGAGAUGUUAUUUUUAAAUAUGAUGAAAAAAGGGCUACAAUAGGCACUCUACCUACUUUAAUAUUCAAUACAUUUGUAUUUAUGCAAAUUUUUAAUGAGUUUAAUUGUUGGAGACUAAAUAGUGAAGCAAGUAUUUUAGAGGGAAUUCGUUCUAAUCCAUGGUAUAUUUCUAUUAACAUUAUUAUGGUACUAGGUCAAGUGCUCAUUGUUUCUUUCGGAGGCAAUGCUUUUCAUGUUAAACCUCUCAAUUUAAAGCAAUGGGCGAUUUCAUUAUCUUUAGGAGCAUUAUCAAUACCUAUUUCAAAAUUCAUCAAUUGUAUUCCUGAUAGUUUCUUGGAAAAAAUAUUACCGAAUUUUAUUAAACAAUCUCUCUUAAUUUCAAACGGAUCACCUGAUAAUCAAACACAGUGGAAUUUAACUUCAUUAUAUGUUAAAGAUGAGUUAUCAGUCCUUAAUGUUUUCAAAAGCUCGACUUUCUCUAGUUCUAGAAGUCGUAGGAUGAAUAAGUUUUAUGAAAAAUUAUCACAAUCAAUCAAUAAAAAAGAUACAGAAAAGGUAAAAAAAAUUUUAUCUAAAAAUCGAAAAUUACAAUCAUCUACAUUCAAAGCUGCUACAGUAGCUCCUGCAAUUAUGGUAGGCUCUAUUGGCGGCUGUGUAUCUAAUACUACGACGGAAAAUGAUACAUUACUUGACGAAUCAUUACGUGAUCGUGGUGUUGAAAUUUAUUCUGAUACAGAUUCAAAAAUAAAUAUUUCUCAGUCAGAGUCAUUAAAAACAUCCUAG